CAAAUAAUCCUAUUCCUGGAUACUGCUACCCGCACUAUAGAGCAUGGGCUGAAAAAGUCCUACCUAGUAAGCAUCUACGAGUAAGUAACAUUGGUAGCUACCUAGACCUACUUGGGGGGGUGCCCAAUCUUUGUAUCCUCGGCGUUGUCUACCGCCCACACCAUCUUAAUGCAAAUCUUGUAGUAGAUCUGACUUUUAUUAUGACGGAUGUGCUCCACCGCAACUUCUUCUGAUGAUUUCUUUCCUUGACUUGUAACGUUUACUUUCACUUACCACAUGUUAUUCGUUGCCGUUCACUUUCGUUCUUUCUGAAGAACUCCUCGUUCUUCGGCCUUCUUCAUAUCAUCUAUGGCUCAAAUCACAGGCCUUGAAGCUGCCUCUUGGGGGGACUUAACAAAAGAUUGGUGGCAGUUUAUUCUUAUUGCAUUUAUCCUUGCUUCUGUUGGUCUUGGCUUGAGCUUCAUAUCUUAUCUAGCACUACAGGCUUCAAUAAAGGGUUAUCGAAAAUGGAAAUCUGCUCAACAAUCCGUCCCUGCGUCCAUCAAGAAGUAUCUUGUCAAGACUGUCUCUGAACUAUCACACUAUAAUGUCGUCGCUGUCGAGAAGAAGCCCGAAAGCUUUGGAGUAUACUUAGGCGGGUUCAAUCACACGCCAACAAGUGAAGAUCUGCGAGUGUUGGCGCAAUGGGACCUUCUUGUUGUCGAUGCCUUUCAGGAGAAUGUAAUUCAUGUCCUUUCAUCUGGGCUUUACUAUAAACCGCCACAGGUCCUAGCAAGACUUGAUAUAAGCCUUGUUGUGCCACAGCAAUGUAAAGAUUCAGCAGCGCUCGAAGGUGCCGUUGCCUGGAUCACUAAGCUACUAGCUUCAUCAACAGCGUCCGGUAGUGAUUGCCGUUUUUCUGGAAUUCUACUAAGUAACUGGCACGAUCAACUGUCAAGUCCAAUGGUCGUCGAAUUCAUUACCUUCAUUCAUAAGCUUGGAUUCCAGACGUAUCUCGAAACAUCAUCUCCUGGAUUUUUACGUGACCCUAAAAUAGCAGAACUGAAUGAAGUAGCUGGGCUGAUAAUAAGAAAUGGCACAAUAUCAUCAAAUGGGGACGAACGGGAUGCGUUUCAAAUGCAAGAGAUGAGGCCCACCAUUAAAGCUUUUGUUUCCCAAGCAUGCCUCCGGCCAUUCGUUGUCUGCUUAUGGGAGACUUUGGAUGAUGGCGUAAAUCCGACAAACGCGGUGGUUAGAAGAUCCUACCAAUGGUCAAAGUUCUACAGCGCGCUAUCACCGUGGAUUGGUUCAAGCUCUGAUUUAACUUCAACGGCUUAUGGCAUAGACCAGAAGGAACCGCUGGGAGCCUUUUCAUGGCUCAAGGAGCCUGGAGUCAUGGAGGCACAUAAAAAGUGGCGUUUGAACCAUACUAUUGCCAAUGAAUAUAUACCAGAAAUGUCGGAUCUGGCCGAGAACAUUCUUGGGGCGCUCUCCAUCGAAGUCGACCUCCAGCCAUCGGGAAAAUCAAACCAGCAGUCAUUUGUCGAUGUAGAUCUUCACAUGCCCUUGGCUACUUCGCAAGUGCCUCUGGACCUACCCAGAAAUUCAUCUGAUUUUAACCUACCGGGGUUUUCAAGCAGGUCUCUCACACCGGCAGAGUCAAUGUUAUCGGUUCGUGCACCGAACCACAGAUUCUCCGAUGGUCCAUAUUCGUAUCUCAAUCAGACGCCUGGGAAUCCCAUAUCAACGUCUCCCACUGGGUCAUCUAACGACUUCCUCGGAUGCUUUCCACUUGGAGUUCAUGCUUCCAGGAAAUCCUUUGACGAAAUCCUCCUAUCACAAAGAAAACUCAGAUCCCUUGAUCUUCUUGACCCGAUCGAAAACACUGUAUUAAAAGAAAUUGGUGGCAAAUUAAACCAAUUUUGCAAUCAGCCAGGGAUAGUGGAGCUUUCAACAUGGCAUGCAGCGAUACAAGAACUCGCGAAUCAACUUUGUGGCUUAGCUGAUGAUUCUGCCACCACGGACUUGAUCAGAGUGUAUAAGGGCCUUGAUUCGGGAUUGCAGUACCAGGGUGAAAGUCGUUACUGGGCAGUAUUUGGGUUUGAGGAACGGGCCAAGCUUGACAUUUUCAUGUCAAGAAAUGUUCAAGAUCUUAGUGGAACAAUCUUGCAUACAUUCUUAUCAAGUCGUGGCUGUCCUCGCCACGAAUCCUUUGAGGCAGAGAAAGGAUUUUGGCAGUGGUUAACACAUUCAGACUCAUACCUACCUCCACGAUUGCUCAAUGACAUAAGCUCUCUUUCACCAUCAGAGCUACUUCGAUUUCUCCAGACAUUACAGUUAUCAUCAAUCAAGGGCAACGGGGAUUUGAUCGACUCGAUAAUAUUUGCAUGCGAAAGAGAAUUACUAGAUUCCACAGACUUUACUCAGAUGAAAGAUGCCUGUUCUGUAGGUUAUCUAGGGAAUCAAAAAUCCCCACAAGAUCUCAUAGCAAUCAGAUCGAAAUGGCACCUGGACAAUAACUCGCAGCAUCCUUCCGAGGAGAAUGCUCUCUACGUCUUCAACCAAAUCAAUGAUGCAAUCACUAUUGUAUUGAAAGAAAGAAGGUUGAAUACACUUCAGAUUAUUACGAAGGCUCUUAUUGAAAUUAUGGAGGCGAAAAAGAUUGACGCACGUAUUGACAUCAUUUGUCUUGCUUUAUUUUCUGUUUUUCGAAAGCAUGCGUUUGACGAGGCAUAUGUUGAAGUUACUGAUAGAAACACCUUGUUCAAUGAUCAGAGCGAUCAGGCGGCCGCCUUUGCGGAGCUUUUUGCAACGGGAGCUCGAUGCGAGUCUUACUUCGACAUGACUCCUAGUUGUUUCGGUAAAUUACUUUCGGAUCGGUAUCGGGCCUGUCAUCACCAACCUGGCCGGGAGCCUCCCAUUUGGACUGACGCCGAUCCUUCAACUCCCUCAGCUUAUGCAGCUGCAAAGAUCGACAUCGGAGAUUUUAAAGCCAAGGGUCUUUCUGGAACGAUGAGAUUUACUUUCUUGAGUGUUUUUGCCAUACCAGCACUCUUGGAUAUCCUGCUGUUAACAAGCACUGGUAAAGGUCUGUACUUGAGUGGGAAUAUGAGCCGCGAAGCUCAGCACUCUGCUACAUUAGCUUUGAUGAUUUCCCUCUUAAUAUCAGGUAUUUGUGGCACAUGGAUAACAUGUGGUGGUUCUUACUAUCUCAUUUCAAUGGCCUUCUCUGCAAUGAACCAAUUCAUAGCGACGAGACUCGUUGGCGGUAUUGCUUUCUCACUUGCCGCUGGCUUGCUUGGCUUGAUCGGUCUUGGUAUCAAAGAUGGUAUCGUUGCAGGGGUAGUGUUCUUUUUGUACUUGUUUGCACUAAGCACCUAUUUGAUCCUGCUAGCGACUCUGGCCAAUUUUUCUUAUCCGGGUACUACUUUUCAAUCUGGACGUCCUGUUAUCCUCAUGAUUAUCCCGGUCUUAUUUAUUUCACCAAUCACGACAAUUUUUGUUCCUGGUUAUGACAUUUAUAUCUAUUUGAGUGUCUUGUAUGUCUUUAUAUUUCUUCUCGCUUUGGGAACUCGACAUACAGCAUCUAAAUGGACUACAUGGCAUCAAAAUAUUGAAAAGAUCAGUGACAAGGAAUUAAAAGAAUGGUAUAUCAAGACUCACAAAGACGGCGAUGACCGCGCAUUCGAUGGAAUGACCGAUCCAGCGGCCUUGAAAAUUUCAAGAACUGCAAUGAUUGCGGCAAUAAAAGAAGUACGAAGCGGCUUCCGACACAACUGUCAAGAUCCAACCGUCAAAUCAUUAGUGGACAGCUAUGACGCAACAAUAUUUCUAUUGAAAUGGUACUCGGGAUACUCGGGAACGCCACUACCAAUGCCAUAUUCAUCAACUUGGAACAUGCAAAUCAAGGUUGCUCUGGAUACUCUCAAGCAAAUGCAAACAGGUCUCAGGUUGCAUAAUGCUUUUAUACAUUGGCGUCAGGCUGGUGAUGAGGUUGGUUGCAGUCUUCUCUACUUUAUCGUAGCACUCCUCGACAAAUGGAACUCACUUCUUGCUGGUGGACGUCUUCUCGGGCUAUCGGCGCAGAACACAAGAUACCGGAUGCCUGUUGGCUUUGCUUUGGCUUAUUACCUAAUUGGUGCAGUUCUUCUGGAUCUCAAUGCAGCAAAGCUUCAUACCAUGACAGCAGAAAGUCAAAAUAUGCUGAUUGGCGAUGUCUCUUCAAUUCAAGACGCAGUCGAUGCAGGUGUCAAGGCACGGAGACACCUUUAUUGGAGUAUGUUGGGACGGUACUCGUUAUUUCAUGUUUGGAGUUUAGCUGUGGCCUCUAGUCUUCUCUGGGUAUUUGACAGCACAGAGGCUUCAACCCUUCUUUUUAUUGCCUAUGUUGGUGCCUAUACAGGUCUACUUUUCUACCAGUACACAAAGAUUUUUGCGGGCCCUCGAAGUCUCAAACCUCUUCUCAUAGCCACUUGCGUUGGCCUUCCUUCUGGACAAAUACUCAGACACUUCCUUCCCCAAUUCGAGUACUGUGACGUGGUCGCACUUGGGGCAGCAACAUGGACUGCAGCAUUCCUAUCUCUAUAUUACGCAGGUAUUAGAGCAAAACCGGUCGAUACGAUGGACUCCGAAGGUCGCAUUUGGAAUAAGAUAUCACAAGGUAGAUCAUUCCACGAAUUCACAAGUCCAGGUCGUGAGUUGUUACUAUCUCAAGACGAGCUUCGUAUGAGCUUCGAGAAUCUGGAUUCCCUUCACGACGACGAAAAAUAUGAAGUUGAUCCUAUGACACAUCCGGGUGUGGAGAUCAAGUCCAUUUUACACCAUGCUAUCGCAAUAUUCGAAGAGAUCAAGGGCAGUUCGGUUGAUUCAAUCCCAAAUUUUGCUCUGAGCGCAUUUCCGGAAGUCAAGGUAUUAUUGGAAGAGGCCAUCACAGCUUUUGAAAGUGGAAAGAUUGUGGUCGAAUGCGUCGCUAUGUCUAUGUUCUCUGAUGAAUUCAAGGACCUAAAAGCAAUUAGCUGCGAUUCCAACAAUAUAAUGAGGGUCAUUAUUGGUUGCGAAACAAUGGUUGCGUUGGAGCAGCAUUCAAGCAUCAGUAUGUUCUGUCAGACGACUGCCGAAAUACUGCUUCACAUUUCAGCCGAAACUUUCCACGGUAUCUCGCACGAAGACGCUACACUCUUGGAAUCGUUGCUCUCUUCCGUUUCACCUUCAGGCCUAUUGGAGAAGACCCUUGUACCUCAGGGACUACGGAACUUCUUGAAUCUCUCAAAACCUUCGAGAGCCGAUGCAGAAAUUCUUGCGACCUGCUUCGAUGACGAGAUUCUUAGACAUACAGCUCUCGGAUGCAACCCAAACAUUGAUUGGGAAGGUCUCCCUACAGAGAUUCGAGAACUCAUUCUCGACAGAUGCACUGGGCAGGUUGAUGCAUUGACAACUGACCAGCAUGGCUGGGUACGAAUGAACAAGCUCAAAGGCCUGUCAAUGGCCACUUUCUUAGCUCGACGCAAUUUUGGUGCCUUCGUUGCCACUGAAAAGAAACGAUAUACACUGGAAUUUGCGAAGAAUGCUUCAGUAGAGAGGUCCGAUAACCAUGAAAAGUCUAACAUAAUGAAGUUAUUUGGAAAGACAAAAACACGAAGUGGGAUGUCAAAACUACUCACACGACAGCUGAAGUCUCCAUUUAGUACAGUUUAUCAUACAAUUGGGCAUUGCCUGAAGUUAUUCGCAAUAGCAUUUGUGGCGGAACCGGAAUUGCAAAGAGAGCUUGAUCAUACCAUGAAGUCAACUCCAAAGUUCAUACGAUCGAUUGUCAUGUUCUUGAUAACUGGAAUAUGGUCAUACACGCAUUUUUUGCAGGAGCUUUUGAUGCCAAUAUUUUUGCUCCAUGGUAGGAAGAAUGUAGAUACUCUCUGGAAACAGAUACGUGGAACAACAGUAUCGUUGAAGCGUCAGAGGAUAAUGAUAGAGAGUACUGGAGGGUCUUCGACAGCAUUUGUUCGAGUCCCGGAUACAGCCAGCAUUAUUGGUAGACGUAUCGUCAACGCUGGGGGAGAAACUGAAGCUAUACAAGAGUCAUUACUCGGCAACGGUGUCUGCGAGAUCCGUCAGUAUGGUGGCGUCAUGAAACAAGAACCAGCCGACUCAGCCAAGCUUGAACGCAUCAGUAUUUAUAGCAAGGAUCUUCUUCUUUUACGCAGAGAAGACUAUGUCAAAGGCGCGAAAGCAAACGUUUACGAAUAUGAGUACGACUUGGAAAACAUUCCAAAACAGACAAUCAUGACAACACGUCGUCGCUAUCCAAUUUCGCGACGAUGUGUGGAAGGGACUAAUCAAUAUGAACAAGUGUUGUUCAAUAAGCAAGGUCUUGUUCAAAGUGGGUCCUACAUGCUCGAUGGAAAUCUCGUGCGCUUCAAUUGCCAUUAUAGACAGAACAGCAAUUUUGAUGAUGAAUUGUUGAGAGCAGAGUUUGUAUUGCCGCAUAUGUUUUGUAUGGUUUCAUGGGCAGCUCCUCCUGUCAAACGUCAAGACAAGCUGGACACAUGGAUACCCCAUUCACAAGUUAUUGAGGCUACCUUUGUUAUCGGCCCCGAUGUAUAUGAGGCGCAAUGGUCAUACGAUCACAAAUAUCAUCCGACCAUAUACACAACGUUGAAUGGCGAGCCUGUCGACACACCGGCGAUGAUAGAAUGGGAUCAUCUCGGAAUCCUCAAAAAACCCACGAACUUUACAUUUCGGCAUGACGAUCACAUGAUUGGCUUCAAAUCAUUACGCUCACACGCUGUGCCCAGAUGGCUAGGCCUGAAUACCCAUCAAAAUUCUGUCUCCACUUCGAAAGCUAGGUCGAGGCUAUGGCAAGCAUGGAAGAACAAUUCGGCGUUUGAUGGUGUAAUCAUGAGAUGGCUUGACGAAAGACUACUUCGACGGGAACCAAUGAUGCGCCCAUAUUUCCGAAGACGUGAUCAUGGAAACCUCAAGUCGGCCGAAGAAUAUUUGCAUGAGAACGCAGACGCAAUCAUGGCCGUUAUCGAUCUUGAUAAAUCAAUUUCUGGUUGGGCACCACUUGCAUUUCAGAUUGCAGACUUGUACGCAUUCGGACAGGGAGGUUCUGCCAAUGCUCGUACCAGGUCUGCUCCAGAGUUCAACAGCGACGAGCUUCAUGUUCUUGCCACAGACUCCGGAACUUGGCCCAAUGAAGGAGGAGGAGUGUCUGCAUGCCGAAGAGACAUGGUGAACAAUCUUAAAGCGGCGAAGUGGUAUAUGAUUUCAGAAUCUGCGAAUGAUUUUGGAGUGCCUAAACAUCAAACACAAGAGAACGUGCAAACACUAAAAGUCAUUCCAAUUUGGGGACUCGAUUUCAUGACACCGACCCAUGGAAUGUUCAGAGAUCGAUUAGAUUCAGAGGUCGUUCAUGCUGUCAGAGAUGCGACAAAACUGGACAUCCAGAAGAAUUUCGUCCCGAUUCUCAAAGCUCUGGUGAAAGGGGCUAGAACGAGUAAUUAUUCGAACAGUGAUAUUCUCCAAUCAACCCGAGCUUUGGUCAACCUAAACGCGUACUUCUCCCAAGGAAAACACUGGACGGGUGUUUGGAACAGUAGAAUCGUUAAGAAUGCCUGGCGGAAUCUGUGGAUCUCACAAGAUCUUGUGAGUCCAACACCGUCAGAGGGUUGGUUUCAGACUGAGAUACCCACAAUAGCUCAACUUGACGCCGCACUAGAUCUCUGGUUUCGUUACUUGUUCAUAUUCUCCCUUCCCAUGCCUGAGAAGAUUCCGGCAAUUUUCCAAGCGUCACAUCAUUCCGUCAGUGCUUCGUAUGGAGUUGUGUGCAAGAUUACCAGAGGAAGCACAUUGCAAAUCUGGGAUCACGCUAUCAGUUGGCGCGAAGUAAAUCUCUACCUGUCUUCAGAUCUCUGUUCUCUACCACCGUUUGUCAGAAACUCGUUACUUGGUCUUAUGAAGCUCACCAGUCAGCUGACACUUCACCACGCCGAUGUCAUUCUACCUUGCGCUGACUUCUUCAAUCCUGGAUGGGAAGUUGAAAUUGGAUCACACCAAGGCAAACUCCAGCACAGAAACAUUUUCAAGCGCAAGAUUGAUCCUGUCGUUAAUGGUAUUCCACCUGCAGAUAUCUCAAAAUUCAGUCCAAUCAAGGAGACAACUUCUCCUUUGCCAACAGUUACCAUGCUGUCUCAUGUUUGGUAUGCGAAGGAUAUCAAGACUGCUAUUCUAGCUGCUGAUAUCAUUGUGAAUGUAUGGGGAUUCAAAGACUACCGCCUCGAUAUCUAUGGUGCAAUCGACAAAGCACCACAAUACUCAACAGACUGUUUCGAAAUUUUAGCCUCCAAAUCCUUACCAGGCUAUGUCAAUUUGUGCGGAACUGCAAGCCCAACUGAUGUGCUCAAGAAAACUUGGGUCUUCCUCAAUUCUUCUAUCUCUGAGGGUCUACCCUUGGCAUUGGGAGAAGCGGCUUUGACUGGCGCGCCUGUUGUAUGUACAGAUGUUGGGGCGUCUCUUCGGGUGCUUACAGAUCCUAAUACCGGCGACUGCUACAGUGCUGUAGUUGCCCCCAAUGACGCACAAAGUCUUGCAAGAGCGCAGAUCAAUAUGCUUGGUCUUCUGGACGAAUGGGCUCCUUAUGCGAAUGAUCCUCAAGGUUACAAGCCCCCUUCUAUCAUCGAUAAGCCUUCUGCAGAAGAAGUUGCGAUCAUUACAAAGCGAAUGUAUGAGAAGAAGAGCGAACUUCGAGCCCUUGGAAUGCGAAGUCGAGAGAUUGUUCAGAAAUCAUUCGGAGGUAACAGAUAUCUCAGAGAGCAUGAGCAGAUGCUCUGGAUUGGAAAGUCUCGCUACGACAUGAAAUUCCCCUCGAAAGCACCAAGACCCACAUUAAGACCUGCAUUGCCAUCAGCUCAAGUAGCAAGUAAUAUGUGGGGACAAGCAUCUGUACCUUCUCUCCAGGGUCCACCUCUUCGACCAUCCAUCUUCCGAGGAUCUAGUCCUAGUAUCAUGGCACGAUCCAUGCAAGCAGCUUCAACUGUGGUUCCAUCCCCCACCCUCGAAAGACCUGGGUCCCACAUGGGUUACGGCAGUGGUAUCAAGGGCUAUCAAAACAUCAAUGAUUACUUCGCUGGCUAUCGAACCGGCGAUAGCAAUGUUUCUACUCCUGAUCUCCAAUUCCUCACGCCUCCUGGUAUCCAUACACCCAGUGGCAAUUCUAUGAGAAGUCAGUCGCCGAUGAGGAAAGGAGCAUCCUCACGUCUUACGAUGCUCUCUAGAGGCAGCACUAGUUAUGAUACUAGAUCUGAGAGUUCCUCAUUGAUCGUACCGUCUAAACGACUACCCGGAGAGGAUACAUUCCUUCGUGAUCUAGACACCGCUCUUGGGCGCGUGUAAUUUUCUCUUUUCUGUCAACAUUUACUUAGCGCAUCAUACCAUGCAUGGCUUGUUUAUUUUUUUCUUUCCUUAAAAAAUGUUUCUUCCUCAUAUACCUCACAUUGCAUUUUCACACAGAUUGUGAUUAAAAGUUUCUCGGGUCAUUCAGGUUCAAAAUUCACAAUACAUCGGUUUCUUUAUGGGUAUAUUUCUUCUCUUGUAUCGAUCUCUCACAUUCACUUGGUAGAAUCGUGUUUAUAAAUCUAUUUUAAUUGUUCAUAAGGGUGGAUUUCUAGGUUGAUUGUCAGAGGUAAAGAGAUCAUACAAAGAAAUAAAUGGGUAUAUUUGGCAUUAUAUAGCAUUUUAGAUCUUCUUAAUACAUAAUGAAUCUUUACAUCAUAUUCGUCAC